UGCAAAGUUGCUCUUAAUUUCCAGAUGUGACCAACAAUCCAAGGACGCGGUAUUUCCUGUCGAACUGACCCAGACGACAGUGUAGGGAUUUUUUCAUUUCUAAUUUUUCUCUCAUGAUCUUGAGGAUGGACGUGGUUUCCUCUUUUGCUGCCUUGUGCGACUGCAGCUGUCAGUGUCCAGGGCGUGCUCCUGUGUUUACCCUCAGCUCUCUGAGCAAACACGACGGACGUGAAGGAAGGCACACACACCCAGCAGUGUGACUGUGAUUCUUUUUUGAAUUAAAUAUUCUUUGGUGUUGUUUUUUCUUCUUCUCUUAUUUUUCCUCGCAUAUGGAUUUUUUACAGUUUUAUUUUCUAGCUGCACACUGUUAUUGGUCUCACAGUAUUUGGUGAACUUUAUCCUCUCCUUAUCAUGCUCACCGGUUAUCAGCUCCUGUUGUGAGUUUCCCAUGGAAUGAUGUGGCAGCUGUGGAUGCACUUUGACUGGCAUGUGUGAACCGUGCUGAGGGGUCACCAUGGAUCACAGAGGUCACCAGGGGCCCGACUCCGGCCGGCACUCCCACAGAACUAAAGGCAGAGAGGGCCGCUCCAGGUCUUCCCAGCAGGAAAGAGACCAGCACUACCCACCAGCGGACCCCAGAGAGGGGGACAGACACUGGGGUCAUCCCGAUCCCCGCUACAGGGCUCAUUUCACCAGCCCUCCUCCCAGAGCUGAGCAGUAUCCCUACAACGCUCAGCAGUACUCGUACGGUUACGGGCGACCGGAGCACCAAAGACCCCAGUCCAGGCACGGGUACGACUACUCCCCCCAUGGCCCCUGGGACUACAGAGACAGCUAUGGUUACUACGACUACUACAGAGGGCAGCAUGGACAUCCAGAUGGUGAUCAGUGGGGAGCUCAGGACGCAUGGAGAACAGACCGGUACCAUGAAAGAACACCCAAGCAGGAACAUGCAGGGAGCCUCUAUACAGGAGAGUACAGGUAUGACCAAGGGAGGGACGGCUCCCAGCAUUACCUCAAUGACUACGAGGAGAGUCCUUCCAGAGAAAACGAGGAGGUUUCCUCUUAUCAUCUUGGGGUAUUGGAACAUUCCAAAAACUCAGGGUUAUCUUCCAGCAGCUACGAGCUGAGUCAGUACAUGAACGGAGCCGAACACGCUGAUUCUGUCUCGCAGCCUGCUCACACGUCUGAUGGAGACUAUGGGCCUGCGCAUCAGAUGUCAGCUCCUCUCAAGUACUCCAUCCCUCAUGCUGUCGUCAGCUUCGGGCCGGCAGGUCAGCUGAUACGGGUCAAUCCAGGCUUGUCAACGCACGAGACCGUCAGCCAGCUGGAAGUCCACAGUCUGGAAGUCAUUCUGAGUGAGACACAGGAACAGCAGGAGAUGAGAAACUUCCCAGGGCCUCUCACCAGGGAAGAUUUGCACAAAGUCGAUGCUAUAGAGUUUGCCCACCAGAGGGCAGGAGGCUGCAUGAGAGACGACAAGCUGCAGGAUAAGAGCUCUGCUGCGCUCCUGUGGAAUCUGUUGAUACUGCUCUGCAGACAGAACGGACAAAUAGUUGGGUCAGAUAUUGCAGAGCUGCUGAUGCAGGGCUCAAACUCAGAUGGAAGCUGGGAGUCAGGCGAUCCCACACUCAUUGACUUCAAUGAGGAUGCGACCGCUGAAGCACCACCUCGCAAAGGAGACGACCUGCUCACAGGAAACUGGAGCAGCUUCAGCUCCGAGAACUCAGAGAAGGCCCUGCAGAGCUACACUCAGCUGCUGCUGGCUGGACGGAAGAAGGAGGCCCUGGAGGCGGCUAUGACCAGCGGCCUGUGGGGCCACGCACUUUUUCUGGCCAGCAAAAUGGACAACAGGUCCUACACCACCGUGCUGAACAGGUUUACAGGGCAGCUAACGGCCAGUGAUCCCCUCCAGACUCUCUUCCAGCUGCUGUCUGGGAGAAUCCCUUCUGUAGCCACGUGCUGUGGAAGUGAAAAAUGGGGAGACUGGAGGCCCCAUCUGGCUGUGAUGCUCUCCAAUGAGACGGGAGAUCCAGCCGUCCACCAGAAGGCCAUCGUCACCAUGGGAGAUACACUCGCCUCCAGAGGCCUAAUGCAUGCUGCCCAUGUGUGCUACCUGACAGCCAGUGUUCCCUUUGGGGUGUUUACGCAGAAGGCAGAGAGGCUGGUGCUUCUGGGCAACAGCCACAGGCAGUCGCUCCAACGCUUUGCCACAAACUCUGCCAUUCAGUGCACCGAGUUAUACGAGUACUGCCAGACACUUGUGGAUAAAAAGUUUUCAAUACCAACCUUUCAGGUGUAUAAGCUCCUGUAUGCCAGUCGGCUGCUGGACUGUGGGCUUUCCUCUCAGGCUUUCCAUUACUGCGAGCUGGUGGGACAGGCCAUCCUCAGGCAGAGGGAGCCUUUCUUUGUUCUGACUGAAGAGCUUGUAAAGCUUUCAGACAGACUGAGAUUCUCAGAGGGUCAGUUCAUUGAAGGAGGACUCGAACAAGAACCUGUCUGGCUAAAACACCUACGGGCUCGACACCACAGUUUACAGAUGGGAACUUACGACUAUACUGAAACAUCCCAGCCAGCUCCUGAGAAUAGUACCUAUGAGGACAGCAAAGUUUACACAGAAUCGGAUUCAGAUGAUCUAAGCCAUGACAAUAAGAGUGCUGAGCCUGAACUACUUUACUACACUGAGGACCAAGAAAGCCUUGCGCAUCAAACUGAGAUGUUGUGGGGCGCUGAAGAACAUCAGGACUGGCCACACGCCAGUUCUCCCUCGAUGCCAAUAACAGUGGUCUCUGCUCCUCUACCGCCUACUGUGGCCGCAAGCCAAAACUUCAGUUAUCAUAACACAGAUAGCACUGAAGUCAGAAGUGCCUCGCCACAUUGUUCUAUGAGUAGUCUGCCACCAGGAGCAGAGGGGGCCGAGUUGUCCUCAGGAGCAGGGACGAUGGGAGGUGUUCCUUAUCAAAAUAUGGAGGUCGACUUCAGUCAGCAUGGGCAAAACCAGCAGAGCGUCCCUCAAGGUUUAGAGGCCGAGCAGAGCAAGGAGCCGCCGAAACAGACCACGAAGACAGGAUGGUUCAGUGGUUGGUUCAAAUCAAAACCCAAAGACGUCCCAAAGGAGAAUUUGGAGCCAAGUGGCCAAGCUCAGACAGUGCCACCCACUGCUAGCCCUUGGCCUCCUCCGCCGCCUGCCGGUGUCCCUCCUGGUAUGUUUCCCUCCCAGCCUCCCUCUGCUGGAAUAAACCCCUUUUCAAGGAAACCAGGCCAGCAGCUGGGGUAGAAACCAUAUCGCUGCCUCUCUUCUCUGUCAGAGGAUCACUGAUGCCACUAAAACCUUUUACGGUGCCAAUAUGCCAAACGAUCGCUUUCCCUGAUCUUGGAAGUUCGAUCCAUACGGCUCCUGUGCCUGCAUUUCUUUUUUAGGAGUGCCCUUUCAAACACCUACAACUUGACCACCAUCAUGUUGCAUGUUGAAUACAGAAAUACUCCCGAUGGACUGGCGUACUGUAGCAACUCAUAUUGCAGUGACUGAAACAGCCGAGGUGUUCUUUCUGCAAGCUGACGGUGGGGAAAUCACCAGUAGACGCAGGACAUGCUUGAGGAAGGGGAUCAUUUAACUGUCUGAACCCAAAAAACCCACCACCAGCUUUUGUUUCAAAAAUCACCCACAUCAAACCAUUUAUCAAAAGGCAGAAAUUAUAAAAAAAAAAUAGAAAGACUCAUUGACUUUUCAGCUUUCUGAUGGUCCUUGAGCUACUCAUUAUUGACAUGCUGUUCUGUUGGGAGACCUAACCAAAGCUAAGUUUGUGAUAUGGCAUUAAAACCACUUUUCUUGUGUUAUGUCAAAAGUAACCAAAAAUCAGCUGACGUCACCAGAUUCUGUAAAAACAAACCAUUCUGCGUUUCUGGCGACAACUUUGAAGCCAUUACUGACUCCGCUGCAACCAAAAAUUACAUGAGAAAGACAAAUCAGGAUGUUGGGCUGAACUGCAGGAUGUGUUUACACAGAGCAGAGAGGAAACAAGGACGGAAACAAAUCAAAAAUGUAAAUAGUAAAGACAUCAAUAGUAUGUACAGUCACCUUUUUUUUUUCCAGUCUUGGUAACUGCUUGAAAAAAUGUUGUAUAUGUUGAGUCCAGUUUUUUCAAUUGCGGUAAAAUCAAUAAUAAAAAACAAAAUCUGAUGACUUAUGGUAUUAUAA